CGUGGCCACGCCCUCCGGCGCCGCUCGGGGUCCUUCGGCGCGCGUUGAUAUGAUUGGCCGGCGAGGCGCCGUCCUCUUUUCCUUCUUGGCUGCUCGGUGAUCACCGCCAUCAUGAAUGAUACGGUGACUAUCCGGACCAGGAAGUUCAUGACCAACCGUCUGCUUCAGAGGAAGCAAAUGGUCAUCGACGUCCUUCACCCUGGAAAGGCAACAGUACCGAAGACAGAAAUUCGGGAAAAGCUCGCCAAAAUGUACAAAACCACACCCGAUGUCAUCUUCGUGUUUGGAUUCAGAACUCACUUUGGUGGCGGCAAGACGACUGGCUUCGGCAUGAUUUACGACUCUUUGGAUUAUGCAAAGAAAAAUGAGCCCAAACACAGACUUGCCAGGCAUGGCCUGUAUGAGAAGAAAAAGACCUCCAGAAAACAGAGGAAGGAACGCAAGAACAGAAUGAAGAAGGUCAGGGGAACUGCAAAGGCCAACGUUGGUGCUGGCAAAAAGCAGAAAUGAAAUGUCUAGCAGUGAGCUGGAGAUUGGAUAACAGCAAAAGGAGUAAAAGAGUCUGCAGUGACGUGGUCUGCCAUGGUGACAUGGUCUGCCAUGGUGACGUGUGCCCAUAUCUAAAGAGAGGACUAAUAAACUGUAAAAACUUG